AUGGGGGUGACGGGGCACCUGGGGCCGCCCGCGUUCACUCCUGGGCUGGGCGAGGGUGGGGGGCCCGAGGCCUCUGCCGGUCAGAGCUGGGAGCAGGGUCCCAGCAAGUCACCUGAGCCUGAGAACCCCAGCAGGGAGGGACCCCACGCGCUCAGGAGAGACGGGAACGCACGCCGUCCUGACGGCACGCAAGUGCUGACCUGCACCUUCCUCCCAGGGGAGCGGGGUGUCUGUGGCCGUGACCGGAGGGCGAGCUGGCUGCUGGGGGCCCGGAGGGACCGUGGAACCAGAGGCCGCAAGGGCCAGGGGGUGGCCGAGCCCCAGGAAGUUACACACCGGGCCUGA